AUGAUAGACAGAGGCUUCCGCAGCCGCCAGAGUGCCGACUGUGUUAACAACUCCAACAACAGUACGAGGAGGCUUAGUUCUGCCAGAGAGAGCUCAAUAUGGCGUACAAUGACGGCUGUCACCAAACGCACCGCACUACAGGCCAUCGCAGUGCGAGUUUUCCUGGUCACAAUCACGCUUACAAUGAUUAGCUUCGCGACCCGGACAACAGGCAAGAAGCGGGACCUGUAUCUCUUUGCAUUUCUCCUACCUCCGCUUGCUGAACUGGGCGUUACCCUUUGGAAAAUUGUGGUGCAGAAUUCUGACCAGGCGGGGUGA